UGAAAGAGGCCUCUUUGAUCGGAGCCUCCAAGCGUCGCGUUCUGCCCAUUCUGCCGCAGUGAACUGUCAUUCCAUCUUUUCUUGAUGUUAUUAAUUCGUGAAGUAAAAUAUCUGUCAAAAAAUGUCGGCCCAGCGAGCUCUACCUCAAAGCAAAGAGGCAUUAUUGAAAUCUUAUACAACAAGACUGAAAGACGACGUCAAAUCGAUGUUAGAAAACUUCGAAGAAAUAGUUAAACUGGCGAAAGGUGAAAAUGAUACGCAACUAUCACGCCUGACACAGUGUGAACAGGAUACGUAUGAAAUGCACGUCAGAGCGGCCAACAUUGUUCGUGCCGGAGAAUCUUUAAUGAAACUAGUAUCUGAUAUAAAGCAAUACUUAAUUUUGAAUGAUUUUCCAUCUGUCAAUGAUGCGAUUACACAGAAUAGUAAAUUAUUUCGAACUAAACAGGCUGAAUGUGAUCAGAAACUUGCUUCUUUACGAGAUGAUAUGGCUGCCGAUCUAUACGACUUGGAAGAAGAAUAUUACACUUCGAUUUAUAAGUGAAAAAGUGUUUUGGACUCAGGAGAACUGAGAAAAAUCAAAACAUUCAUUAUAAGCUCGGCUUUGAGCCAGUGUAGAUAUAAGGCAGCCCUGUCUCAUAUUGUAACGCAACAGAUAAAAUUAUCUAUCUAUUCCAGAGGAAUAUUUUGUAUGAUUGAAUAAAUAAUUGAUUUUACCAAAGA